AAUAAUUGCGGAAGAUCACAAUUUCCCCUUAUUCAUCCGGAACAUUUCCCUUAUUUUAUAAUGCAAAUGAUGAAUACACAACAGUGAUAACAGACAUGACGCCGGAAUACUACAAUCUAACGUAAUAUUGCCAUUAAAACGCGCGACAAGCACACGAGAAGCAGCAUCAAAGCGUGUUAUGUAGCGUCGUAAUAAAUGUAUGCAAUGUAUGUGAUAUAUACUCAUGUUGUUGAAGACGUGACGACAACGUCAAACAAUGGCAUGCAUCACACACCUAACACACUUGAACAAGGUGUUUGUGUUUGAAAGUUUACAACAGUGCACAUACUCGCGAUGUCUUUCAGAGAUUUGCAAAGUGAGUAUGACUAACGUAAAUGCAUAGGUUUUGUGUCACACUGGUAGAAAAUUGUUCUUUGACAGAUUUCACAGAGAUGAUGAGAGCUUUGGGCUUUCCUCGCUUGAUAUCAGUGGAAAACUUCAAAACGCCAAACUUCACACUGGUGGCAGAAAUCCUGAUAUGGCUUACUCAUUGCUAUGAUCCUCAGAUGGAAAUUCCAACUGACACGAACACAGAGUCAGACAGAAUAUUCCUCAUCAAGACCGUAGCGCAGUUCAUGGCGACGAAAGCUCACAUCAGGAUGAACACCAAGCGUCUUUACCAGGCUGACGGCUAUGCGGUAAAAGAGAUGCUAAAGAUCACGUCGGUGCUGUACAAUGCUAUGAAGACCAAGCAGAUGGCACUGGGGGACAGAGUGGACGAGGACAACAACACUUUCAAGUUUGAUCUGGGCUCUCGAAUUUCAGACCUGAAAGCAGCACGGCAGCUGGCAUCAGAGGCCACGUCUAAAGGAGCGUCGCUGUAUGAUUUAUUAGGAAAGGAGGUGAACCUUCGGAAAUUGCGAACUGCUGCCAUUGCAAGACCUCUUGAGAUCAGUGAGACUGAAAAGGCCCUGAGACAUGCCAUCAAGGAAGUCUUGGAAAGUGUGGAGAAGACCAAAGCCAUGCUGAAGAAUGUUGUUUCGGAUGUUACCAGCCUGGAUGCCAAGAAAGAAAAGAAGAACUGGCAGUUGGAGAUGAAUCAGAGGAGACUACAGACACUGCAAAGCGUGAGGCCGUUGUUCAUGGAUGAAUAUGAGAGGAUCGAGGAGCAGCUGGAGGAGCAAUAUAAGGUCCAAGUGGAAAACUUUGCCAAUUAUUUUUUCCUUGAGUCUCAGCGGGAAAAACUUCUCAAGCAAGAAAAACUGUUUGAGGAGGAAAAUGCUCGAAAAAGGAUGAUGCAGCAACUGAAGGAAAAGGACGGUGAUUGCAUGAGUCCAUUUAAUGAGGACGACACUGGUGGGGACAAAAGCCAAGAUGGAGAGAUGGAAGGGUGUCAAACGACUGAUCAGCUGAUGGGUCUCCCUCUUAAUGAGAUGAUUGCAGGAACAGCCAUCGGGAACGUGCUGGGUGGCGACUCUGAUGAGAUGAACCCGUCUGAAGGAGGCCUGAAGGAUCUGGUUCUGAGGUGGUUCAUUGGCACGCAGGCACCGCUCAUUCUACAAUAUGGAAACUUCCCUGAUUGGUUUCAAGGCUUCACAGCAAGAAAGCAUGCGGAGGAUCUCCUACAAGAUAAAGCUCUGGGCUCUUUCCUCAUUCGCCUCAGUGAGAAAGCCAUCGGCUACAUCCUUUCCUACAAGGGCCUUGGCAGGUGCCGUCAUUUUGUUAUAACCCAGAACCAAGAUGGACUUUUUGUUAUAGCAGGUGACUGCCACACCUACGACAGUAUCACCAAGCUGAUAGAGCAUUACAAAGUCAGCCCCAUCCAGCCUUUUGGAGAAUACCUGACAAGCAGUUGUCAUGAGGCCAACGCUAGUGGGCUGUACGAUGUGGUGAAUUACAGCAGCAAAGGGAAAUCAGGAGUGACCGUCCAAGCUCUGCGGAGCCUGUGGGACCAGAAUAAUGCAGACAGGGCUGGGAACAAUCAAAGGAUCCAGCAACACACUGGCGGUGUACACACCAUAGAUCAGCCCCCUGCCCUGCCGCCAAAAUCCAAAAACAAAAAGCUGACUGGAACAGUGUCUGUAGAUGCCAUCUCUAAGCCUCCUGCUGUUCCACAAAGGGGAGCUCCAUUAGCGUUCUCCCUGAGUGGUUCUGUGUCUCAUACAUCACAAGCCAGCAAUGCCUCUCCCACCCACUCUCAGCUGACACCUGUGGGUGGCAGAAGCAAAUCUGUACCAACUAUAUACCAAAACAACAUCGAUCACAAGGAGGCAACUUAUUUAAACCAACAAAUCAACAGUCCGUCUUUCACAAUCUCUUCAUCUGAAUCCCACACUGCUGCCAAGAGGGUCACAUGCCACACUUAUUCGCUUCACAGCUCUAGAGAGCCUUUAAGGUUCAGCAGCCUGAGCCCAAAGGAGCAGAGGGAUGAUCUUGAGAUGUCCAGGUCCGACCUGUUGAACCCGACUUCUGAAGGGCCUGGGCGGAGUUCAGCUCCUCAGGGAGCCAUCAUGUAUGCCGAGCUUCAGCGGAAGCCAGCAACUGUCAUUUUCCCCGACGCCACCUAUGAGCAGGUCCCCGGCAAGAGCAGUGAUUACACGGGAAACACGUAUGAGUCGCUAGAGGACAUGAAGACAAAAUUGUCCAAAUCCACCUGGGGCAAAAAUAAUGUGAAGUGGAAGAAAUUCAUCCCAGAUUAUAUGAAGAAAUAAAUAACCUCUGGAUAAAUAAAUAGAGUACCCUAAACCUGGUAGACAAAAGUUUGGCCCGUUACUACCACUUUUUUAUUCUGAAAUUCAUGAUUAAUUAGAUAAAUAGUGGAUAUUCACGGUUCAAAUAUGCCAGAAAUGUAUCACCGCAAGUUGGGAACAAUUUAUAGAUAAGUGAUAAUAUUAGGGAUGCUGCGAUCAGGGUUCUAUGCUGCCGAUUCCAAUACGAUCA